AUGACCCUCUCGGCGUACCUCCUCUCACAAAUGAACCCCAACGAAUCGUUAGCAUCAAUGCCGCCGCCAAACAUGAUGCCGCUACAGACACCUCGAACCCCCGGGGGCGCACAGGGAGGCUUCUCUUCUGCCGGAUACACCGCUUCCAGUGUCAUGGGUGCCAAUGACGGUAGCCAGUGGGGUGCGCACCACGGCGCUCCCUCUGCAUGGGGAGGAAGCCAGUGGGGGGGCACACAAGGCGGGUUUGGUGGACAGCCCACCCAGGGAAGGUUCACCCCCUGGUCCGAGGAGCGUAUCGCUAUGAUGCAAGCGCGACUGGCGAAGAAGCUCGGACCAGAGUACGUCUCUCAACGUCCUGGUAUGGGUGGAGGACCCAAGCUUAGCUAUCUCGAAGGGUGGAAGGCUAUCAACUUGGCCAACGAUGUGUUUGGAUUUAACGGGUGGUCUUCAACCAUCAUCUCUCUGAAGACAGACUAUAUGGACGUCACGGACCAGAACCGCGUCACUCUCGGUAUCACUGCCAUCAUCCGCGUGACGCUUCAAGACGGAUGCUUCCACGAGGAUGUCGGCUAUGGUACUGCUGAGAACUUACGAGGAAGAUCGGCGGCGUUGGAGAAGGCACAGAAGGAAGCGGUCACCGACGGCCUGAAGCGUGCUCUGAAGCACUUUGGCAAUGUUAUGGGAAACUGUCUUUACGACAAGGACUAUGCCGCUGCUGUGAAGAAGAUGAAGGUUCCACCUGCCAAGUUCAACCCCGAAGAGCUCGAACGCCGACCAGAGUUCACGCCUCAAGGUGCACCGCGUCCAGCGUCUGCAGUCCCCUCACACGUCAACGGCAAUGCCAAGGUCCCUGUACUUGCCCCCGUCCCCGCACCAGCUAUCCACCGGCCCGCAACAGAACGAGGCGAAUCUCCCAUCCCCAGGGCGGACACGCCACUGCGUUCUCUCGAUGAUUCGGGCGACAGCAGCAGCAUCAUGGACGGCAUCGAGGGAGAGUUUGCGUUCAUGGAGGGAGACUCGUUCUUUGACGAGUUCGACCGGCCAGAAGCGAUGGAGACUGAGGUCACUACGCCUGUCACGAACGAGAACACCGUGCCACCACCGCCGCAAGCUAACAACGCCCCUGCCUAUCAACACCGUCACCGGCCCGACUUCCCUGCGCCACCAGUCGUACCCACCUCAGCGUCAUCGUCAACAUCGGUUCUACGCCCCAGGAGCGAAGCCAAUGGAACGGAGCGCAAGGUUGCUGGCGCAUUUGCCUUCCCGAGCAAUGGUGCGGACGGCAAAGAGAAGUCUGCCGCGGCGGCGUCCGCAAGGCGCGCCGCCAUCAUCGCGGCAGCGGCAAACGGUUCAACGGCAGAGGUUGCUCCUCGUGGUUCAUCCGGCGCAUCAGCUGAAGCAGCUCCUCCUCGUAUUCCAUCGGGUGGCGUAGACGGCGUGGCAACCAGGGCCUCAGUCAACCUUCGAACUCAUGGUCAGAACCUGGAAAUUGAGAACACGGACACGCCGGGACGCUAUGGCGCCUUUGCCAGUGCUCGCGGCGUCAAGCGGGAUGGGAGCGAGUCGCCAACCAAGCUGGACCGUGCUCGGCCUGGCGGACCUCGGUCUGCGCUGAGCGAGCUGCUUGUGUCUCCGGGCGACCCCGGCAGUGACUGGCAGAGUAAGCGUUCACGCUUCAUGUAG